ACGCUGACUGUUCAACAAGCAGGAAAAAAAAAGCAAAAAAUACGAACAUUUCAUUUCUGUUCGGUGCUUUGGCUUGAAUUUAAAUUAGAUGGAAUUAUUUGUCGGUGAGAAUAUUUAUUCAGGUCAACGUUUAAUUGAAGAAAAUCUCUACAACGAGUGUUAAAAAAUCUAUAAUACUUUAUUUAUUAAAUUAUCGUUGGUAUGGCUACUGCAUACCCUUGAUAGUUGGAUAUAAUUUCGGAAAUGAUACAGCUGAUGUGCGUACUUGAAUUUAUAAUUCGAAUUGCUGAUAAAAUAAUCGAUUCUCAUGUCAUGUCUCAUGUCACUUAUAUGCUGGUAGGAAUCCAGUUAACAAUAUAUGGGUGAGGUAGAAGAUUGAGAUUAUUUGAUGGAAAUAAUUUGAGGAACUCGACUGGCGAAAAGACUCUCGAAGCCCCUUCGGGAAUCAAGGAUGGCGGAAUCGGAGUAGGCGGUGACAAAGUUAAUGAAACAACAUUAUUACAUUUUCCCCCUCUACUUUUUUCUUGGGAAAAUAAUAAACGCGACACGCGCGCGAAUGUGCCUUGCUUUCAAUAUUGUCAAAUAUAAAUAUAAAUCUUCCUCAUCGAAACGUAAUCCCGCAUAAAUUUAACUUUUUUUAUUUUGUUUCUUAGUCGGGUUUAUUUUGUUAUGGAGAAACCUCCACAUUUCCAAAUUACGAAACCUAAUGACACAUCGAAGUAUAAUUUACGGUGUAAUCGUAACAUCAGCGAAAAAAUGACAAAGAAAGAUUUCAUCUACGAUAUUCCUGCGCCCUUUCAAGCUAUCAGAAAGGAGAGAUACGGUCAUCAGCUGCAGCAUCAAUCCAGUUUGAAAAAAUCUCGCGACGAUAUAGAGUGUUUGGUUGCUUCGAGCAAGAAUCCUGUUCGACUUUUGACGAUAAUUCCGCCUCAGAAAUUGCACACUUAUACUCCAAAUCCAAGAUCUAGUACUUCAACUGCGGAAAGAAUUGCUGCAGAAAAACGUGAUCGAGAAUUAGCUGAGGACACUGGAAAAGAAAUACGCAGACAAAUUGUCCUGCCGCUUCAAAUACGCAGGAAAAUUGGAGCGGACUCGAAGCUACCCAGAUACGUGGUAAUCCAGACGAAUCAGGGGAACCGCGAUGAUUUCGCGAAAGCUAGACACGAACUACUUCUGCUCGGUGAUCAGAUCCCGGAGCGGAGGAUUUUGGGGCAUCAGUGUAAUUAUUGCCAGGAAAGAAUCGCGACUUUCAUGUCAUUGUCGACCCACGUGAAAGGUCACCGUCACCAACGUCAUUGCAAGAUCUGUUACUGGAUUCUAAAACCUGAGGAAUCGAUGACCGCACAUAUUCAAAAGUCACAUCCCUCCGAUAUAAUUAAUCGAGCGCCAUUCAUCCCCGAAGUCUGUGAUAUUUGUAUACCUAUAAGUAAUAAUUAAUCGUCCAAUUGAUUCCGCCCUCUUCUUGCAACAGUAUUAAAUUUAUCAAUAACAAUUUAUCAAUAAUUGAUAUAUCAUAUUCGAUACAAAUUUGUUCGACGUUAUAAUUAUAAUAUGUAAUUAUUGAAUAAAUGGAAAAUAAAAUUACCAAAUUUCUCCGGAUUGAUUAUUUAUUUUUUUUUUUCGCUCAUUUCAAAUUAGAUUUCGCAACCAGUUUCUACACCGGUUUUUCGAGCGUUAAAUUUCGUCGUUCGGAAAAUGAAGUGAGAUGAAACUCACAAUCAGUCCUGUAGAGAAUUUAAUUGUACGUCCUUUAUAUGAACCCCGAAACCUAAAGCUCCGCAAUAAUUGAUUGAAAACCUAUCCGAUCCGUUAAAUUAUCAAUUUGAUUUUCAUUGAUUUUUAUAGUUUCCCCUCGAGUUUCCCCUUGUUUUCACAAGCGUCUUGCAGAGUUCGGAGUCGUUCGAUCAUGAGAAUCCUGAGAGAUUUUCUUGUCAUCCGUCUCCAUUUUACCUGAACUCGGAUAUAUUAGAAUCGUUCGCAGGUACGUGACCGUAGAAUUGUAUCACGUUACGAGGCUCAACUGCCUUUUUUGUUGUCACCUUUUUUGUCCCCGUAGUUAGUAAAAGG